UCCUCGGUCUCGGUUGCUGUGCGUGGUUGGUUAGUUCCUAAGUUAUUGGUUUGUUGCCUAAGUUUGCGCAGGCAAUAAAGUAUCUCUUAACAAAUCAUUUCGUCGUUCCAAAGCGUGUGUGUCCCUUAAAAGGGACAGUGAAAUAAAGAUAUCGGUAUAGUUUUCUACAUCGCCGUAAAGAAAGUUAAAGAAGCUCCGAUAGGAAUCAUUGUUCCUAAAGAAAAAGUAAAAGUUUAUCUGGACACCUAUCGCACGAGUUGAUACAUAUACCAACAUCAAUACACCUAGCGAAUGAAGGAUUUUUUAAUCUUUGGUGUAGAAUACAAUCUUGGAGCUAAAUCGGUUUAACCAACGUGACAUCGCUGCCUGACAUCAAUCAUUUGAAAUACGAAAAAAGGUGUUUUUGAAAAUAACGGACGGGCCUGUACUCACGAUUUAUGUUUCUCCGGAUACAAGAACGAAAUUGGUAGAAAUUUCUCAAAAGCAAUAAGCAAAUAUGAAUGAUUUCAUUGUUGGUGGUAAAUAUCGUAUAAUCCGUAAGAUUGGCUCGGGUUCGUUUGGAGAUAUUUACCUUGGUAUCAAUAUAACAAACGGGGAAGAAGUCGCGUUGAAAGUAGAAAGCAUACUUGCGCGCCAUCCGCAGUUAACGUACGAGUACAAGCUGUAUAAAGUGUUAACUGGCGGUGUCGGCAUUCCCCAUAUACGGUACUUUGGUCAGGAGCGAAGUUACCAUGUGUUAGUAAUGGACUUGCUUGGGCCAUCGCUGGAAGAUUUAUUCAAUUUCUGCAGUCGUCACUUCACAAUCAAAACUGUGCUGAUGCUCGUUGAUCAAAUGAUUGGAAGAUUGGAAUAUUUGCACAUGAAAAACUUCAUACAUCGCGACAUCAAACCUGAUAAUUUUCUUAUGGGUAUCGGCCGCCACUGCAACAAACUAUUCUUAAUUGACUUUGGCUUAGCUAAAAAGUACCGUGACUUUCGCUCUCGUAUUCACAUCACCUAUCGUGAAGAUAAGAAUCUUACUGGUACAGCACGUUACGCUUCGAUUAAUGCUCACCUUGGCAUUGAGCAGAGUCGCCGAGAUGACAUGGAAUCACUAGGUUAUGUGAUGAUGUACUUCAACCGUGGCUCAUUACCCUGGCAGGGGCUGAAAGCGACUAAUAAGAAGCAAAAAUAUGAAAAGAUAUCGGAGAAAAAGAUGUCAACUCCAAUCGAGGUACUGUGCAAAGGAUUUCCGGCAGAAUUUGCUAUGUACCUCAACUAUUGUCGCAGUUUACGAUUUGAGGAAGGACCGGACUACAUGUAUCUGAGGCAGCUGUUCAGAAUCUUGUUCCGUACGCUUAAUCAUCAAUAUGAUUAUACAUUUGACUGGACAAUAAUGAAACAGCGCGCAAUGCAGCAAAGUAAUAGCAAUCCGCCUGCAGUAACAUCGGGUGAAAGUAAAAGAGAAGAACGACGUGAUAAAGAUAAACUGUCCAGCGAUACAGACGAAUAAGGCAUUUGCAGUUCCGAACGGCAAGUAUUGAGCAAGCUAUGCAUGAACAGAAUGAAAGAAGGAUUGAGAACUAUUGUAAAGUACUAGAAGUAAAGAAAUAACUAUUCACAUUAAAGCAACUGAAUAAGAUGCACAUGCAAAAGUAGUAGAACUGAUGAUAACACAUAACUAACACUUUAAGUUAAAUUUCGUUAAGUUAUGAAAUUACACACCUUCUAGGUACUUUUACAUACUCUCAUAUGAAAAAGUUUAAGAGAAGACGAAAAAUAUAAUGCAUUAGUGAUCAAA